GGAAACUGUAGCAGCAGCACGAGCAUCAGAGCCACGAGAUCAGACUUAAAGGGAUAACACGACCACAUUAGGAAGGAACCACAUCAGGUUUAAAAUGUUAACCAGGUGGUUAACUUUCACAGCCUUCCUCGCCGUCCCAGCCAAUCCAGGAAGAGGAGCUACCGGCCAGGGCACUCUGACUGUGGCCCCCACCUGCCGGGUCAAAGGUCAUCCAGAGGUGGAGUUGACUUUACACUGUGGAGAUGGAAAGGACUUAGGUGUGGUCCAGUACUGGCACACCCCCUUUGGAGACCUCCACACUCCUGGUUCCCAUGGUAAACUGGACCCCGUCGUCAUGCACCAUGACGGGAGCCUGCUGGUCCCCAACACCAGUGCUCUCCACAGUGGCCUGUACUACUGCCUCCUGCAGCACACAGAGGGUACUACACUGUGGCCGUAUGAGCUCCACGUCGGUCACGAUGGUCAAAACCAAAAGCAAAGCAGCCGCUGUGCUGCAUUCAGGUUCAGGAGGGAUGCUGGGUCUGAGGAGGCGAAGCAGGCAGGUGUUUCAGCCGAGCUGUUUGCAGGAGCUGUGGCUGCAUCAGUGCUGCUGACCUUUGUGUUGGGAUUCAGCAUUGGAGCUUUGAGCAGGACUCAUGUUCUGAGGUGUUCAGGGGCAGUCAGGGCAAAGCUGCGGUCACCAAAACGAGGACGAAAGUGCCAAAGCGACACAACCGACCACGGCCCCGAGGUCAGCAUGACAACCCUGCCGCCCACGAACGAGAACCCGGCCUCUGAAAAUGACCAGGUGGUGCACAACAACUCUGCGCCUAACCUGUCUCCUCCUGCCAAACCUCAGAGAAGCUUCCGGCACAAACGAGAGGAAGACGAGCCACCAGAAACCACUGCAUAUCUGGAAGGAUGUGACUACAAGGAGGAGGAGGAAGAAGAUGGAAGAUGCACAGAGAACAGAAAUAAAGGCAGUGAUAAGGAGUUAGAAGAGGGGGAGAAAGAGAGCCGGUUUGGUCGCUUGUAUCUGAUAGGAGAGGAUGGAGAGAGUCAAAGUGAAACAGAUGAGUAUGAGGAGGACAAACAUGGAAGCGAGAGCAGGGAGGUGAAGAGGAGUAUGGUGCAGGAGGAAGAGGAGGCGGCGGCGGCGGCCGGUGAGGAGAAAGAUGGUGAGACGGAGAUUUCCAGAGAUUCUGAAAAGUCAACUUUUGAAAGUGAAGAUGAGGCGACAGGAGGCAAAAACAAGGAGGUGACCGAUCAAGGAGCGCUGCCGCCCUCCCCACCACGGCCAGCCCGCCGCAGCCGCGUCAUCCGCCUGUACCAGUAUGACGAGGACGGCCAGCGAUACGGCCACCUUCCAGACCCUGGCCCCGACGCUCCUCUCCCCGCCCCCAGAUUCAAACAGCGCUCAGUCUCUCUGACGCGCCUCUCCGCCAUCAUGGCUGCAGCCUCAACAGGGCCACUGGACCAGAGUCAACAGGAAGAAGGAUAGUGAGCAGACGUCAAACUUCCACAUGGACAUUUGAUAGAUGCUACAGAGAGUGGACAAAAUAAUGACAACACCAUGGCUCAAGUCGAGUCCAGCUCUACAAACUUUGUUUGGAAGGGUCGCCACAUUUAGCGCCACAAACUUAUAACUUGUCAUAAGUUAUAUUUGCAUUAUAACUAUAUAUAUUAUAAUUUCCACUCAUGCUUACUUGCAGAUCUGAGUUGCACUGAUUUGAUUUUCUCAGAAAAUCUGCAAAAAUGUACAAUAUAAAAGGACUUUCAUGUUUUGAAGUUAUUAGUUAUGCUGUAAACACCUGAACGAAGCAGAACAGCCAUCUCCCAGUGGCUGAACUGAAAUGAUGAACACCUGUACCUGAUAUGUUGGGUGUGGGAUCGAUGUAUACAUACCCUAAGACUGGACACUGUAUUUUUAUGAGGUCUGACGGGUGAAUCUGCACACGCACUUUUUAUAUCUGGGAAUCAAUUUUUGCAUAAAUUUAAAAAAAAAAAAAAAAAAAAAAAAAAAAAAAAAAA